GCAGGAGGUCCCAGUCCCUGGAGGGCGUGCCUCUGGCUGCCUUACUGCUUUUUUGGCAUUGCCGUGGUUAAUCGUGGGUCAUACUCUUACGAUAUUUGGAGUCAUUUUGCUUAGGUUUCAUGAUAUGUCCUGUUGUAAUUUUUUACAAAACAUUCUUUUUAUUUAUUUUUAGAGAGAGAGGGAGGGAAGGAGAAAGAGAAACAUCUUGAUCAGUUGUCCCUCACACUGCCCCAACUAGGGAACUGGCCCACUACCCAGGCAUGUGCCCUGACUGGGAAUCAAACUGGAGACCUUUUGGUUCCAAGGCUGGUGCUCAGUCCGCUGAGCCACACCAACCCGGGCUGUCCUGAUGUAGUUUUGAUUGCACAGAAUUAAUGGAUUCAUUCAGGGAGAGUCGACAUUUUUAUGGUAUUGAGUCUUGUUUAUGAACAUUGUCUAUUUCUCCACAGGUCUUUUUAAUGUCCUUUAAUAAACUUUUAUCAUUUUGUUCAUUAAGGGCUUACAGAUUUUUCAUUAGCCUUCUCAGAUGCCGUAUAAGUAAGUGUUUGUGGCUGUUGUGAAUGCUGGCGUCUGCUUGCUGAUUGCGAGUAUAUCAGAGCAGUGUUGACUACUUUGUACUGACCUGUCUGUGGCAGUCCUGUCAAACUCUUACCAUCCCAACAAGGGGCUGGUGCUCUUGGAUUUUCUCUGUGGAUGAUCUCAAAUAACGGUGAUUUUAUCUAUUCUCUUCCAGUCCUCAUGGCUUGUGUUUCUUUUUCCACUGUAUGGAAACAGACUCGAAUGCUGGGAGCCCAAGGUCUCGGGCCACGCUGGGAACCACUGCUGGGUGUGCACCUGAGUGAUUGGCUAAUGCAUACCUCCCCUGGGAGGCCCAGGGAAUCACGUGAUGGCAGCUCUGCACCUGUCUUCUGCUUCCCAGGCCAAGGUGACUUUCGAGGAUGUGGCCGUGCUCCUCUCCCCAGAGGAGUGGGGACAUCUGGGCCCUGCUCAGAGGGGCCUCUACAGGGACGUGAUGCUGGAGACCUACAGGAACCUGGUCUCCUUGGGAGCUGGACCUGCAGGUCCCAAGCCUGGGGUGAUCACACAGUUGGAGCAAUGGGAUGAACCGUGGGUCCUGGACACGCAGGGUGCCGAGGGGAGAGAGCGGCUGGGAGUCGAUGGCUCAGCUUAUGAGAUCAGCACUGAGUGCAGGGAGUUGACUUCAGGGGAGAUGCUUGAUGGGGCAGAACCGGACCAGCUCGGGGGACCUGUUCCCCAGGGAACUGAGCCAGAAGAAGCCCGCACACCGGUUGGGAAGUCGGAGGGGAGCCCAGACAAGCCCAUGGAGCAGGGAGGCCCUAGGCUAGUCACACUGACCAGCAGGGAAAGCAGCCAGGAGCGUGGGGGAAGCCUCCAGCUGGGGUCAAGCUCUAUCCCCGAUCAGAGACCUCACAAAUGCGAUGUAUGUGAGCAAAGUUUUGAACAGAGAUCAUAUCUAAAUAACCAUAAGCGUGUACACAGGUCAAAACGAACAAAAAUGGUUCUUGAUUCUGGGGAAAUCUUCAGCACUAAUGCCGUUGUUAAAGAAGAUCAGAAAAUUCCUGCUGGCAAAACACUCCAUUACUGUGGUUGCUGCAGGAAAGCCUUUAAAUACAGUGCUAACCUCGUCAAGCACCAGCGGCUCCACAGUGAAGAGAAGCCCUACAGGUGUGACGACUGUGGGAAAGCCUUCGGCCAGAGCUGUGAGUUCAUCAAUCACCGAAGGAUGCACUCGGGGGAGAUCCCCUACCGGUGCAGUGAGUGCGGAAAGACGUUCAACCGGAGGCCCAACCUAAUGAAGCAUCAGAGGAUCCACACUGGGGAGAAGCCCUACAAGUGCAGCGAGUGUGGGAAGCACUUCAGUGCCUACUCUUCCCUUAUUUAUCACCAGCGAAUACACACUGGAGAGAAACCCUAUAAGUGCAGCGACUGUGGGAAAGCCUUCAGUGACAGCUCAGUCCUUAUCCGCCAUCGUCGGACCCACACUGGAGAGAAGCCAUUUGAAUGUAAGGAGUGUGGCAAAGGCUUUACCCAGAGUUCUAACCUUAUCCAGCACCAGAGAAUCCACACUGGAGAGAAACCCUAUAAAUGUAAUGAAUGUGAGAAAGCCUUCAUCCAAAAAACCAAACUUGUUGAACAUCAGAGAAGCCACACUGGAGAGAAGCCCUAUGAAUGUAAUGACUGUGGCAAGGUCUUCAGUCAGAGCACACACCUCAUCCAGCAUCAGAGGAUCCACACAGGGGAGAAGCCCUACCGGUGUGGUGAGUGUGGGAAGGCCUUCCACAACAGCUCCAGACUCAUCCACCACCAGAGGUCACACCACGGAGAGAAGCCGUACAAGUGCAGUGAUUGCAAGAAGGCCUUCAGCCAGGGUGCUUACCUCACCCAGCACCAGCGGAUCCACACCGGGGAGAAGCCCUACAAGUGCAGCGAGUGUGGCAAGGCCUUCCGGCACAGUUCCAAUGUGUUCCAGCAUCAGAGGAUCCACCUCCGGGAGGACCUCUCCACCUGACGCUGGAGGCCCGGGAGUUCUGCCAGGCCCCUCCCACAGCCCUGUUAUUUAUUGGCUUCGCAGGGUUGCCACAGGUGACAGGCAUUUCUGUCUGAUUUUUACGGACCUUUUAAACCAAGGCAGUGCAUGCUCAUUUUAGAGAAUCUGAGGAAGGCAGGCAAAAAGGGAGCCACUCCUGUAAUCUCUGCCUUUUAGAAACAGAAAAUUCAUCACCGCUGACUUCGAGUGCUUCCUUUGAGGAGGGCUUUGAGAGGCAUGCAGAUGUUUUGAAGAAAAUACUGGUAGGCUUGUUACUGCAGCAUCCAGGACCAUUCCCUCUGCUCUUUCCUCAGUGCCAGAGAAUUCACACUGCACAGAAUUUCACAUAUUUACAUAUUGCAAACUUUUUAAAAAUUAACAUCAUUCAUACUUUUCUGUGUACUUAAUAGAUGAUUGUCUUUUUCAUUGUGCUAAAAUAUACAUAACAUAAAGUUUACCAUUUUAACCAUUUAAAGUGUACAGUUCAGUGGUAUUAAGUACAUGCACAAUGUUGUGUCAUCAUCACCA